UGUUAUGGUUUGAGCGUUUUGUUGUGAGAGAUUUGCCAUGUCAGAGCAGGAGAUUGAAAGGGUGAGCCCUGAACCCAGUUGCUUCGCGGUGCAGAUCCCGACACAAGAUGUGAAUCAAACCGAGAGUGAGUUUUGGGAAGAUGCUGAUGAUGCUGAAUACAAGCAGGAGAUCAAAGUUGAGCUCUGUACAUCCACAGACAUGACUUUGCAAAAAGAAAACAGCGAAACACUGGAACAGGAAACGCAAGACGACGUAAAUCCUCAUGGAAGUGAAAGAAACAAGAUAAUUUCAUCCAAAGACGUUGGAAACUCAACAGCAACGGUAAAGGUCUUGCUAAUGCCAGAGAGGCACAUGAUAACAGUGGCCUUCACUAUUGGCCUUACAAUCCUGGAUCUGAAAAAGCAAUUUGCUUUUGAGCUAAGAGUACCAUCAGACAUCAUACAGAUCACUCUAGACGACAAAAGUGUAGAUGACCACCAGACAUUACUGGACAUUGGUGUACAGCAACAUGGGAUGGUCCAAUUUGAGAUGAGCUCGUUAGACCCAGAGAAUUACCCCAUGAGACCAGUCAAACCCCAACAAGAGUACAACAUGCCGGAUGUCAUCACUGUCAGGGUGCAAACAGACACAGACGCAUAUCAGGAUGUGGUGGUGGAGAUAGAGAGAGCCACUCGAGGAAAGGCAUUUCUUGGAGGACACCGUCAUAAGGUCACUAAGGCGGAGUAUUAUCAUGCUGCUGUCCAGACCAGGCCUAAGAAGAGGCCUGACAGGGGAAUUGAGACAUUCUGCAGGGAUACGCAGACUGUGCAGUUGAAGAACCAGGCUCAGCAGUGCUCCAAGAACGCCUCUACUCAGAUGACCAAAAUCGGCUGUUAUGUGUCCAAUAUGGAGGACAAGCUCAUUACUCCAGGAACAUACAUCACUGCAGAAGAGUACCACAGCAAGAGACUAAGAGCUGUCAUUACACUACAGACAUAUGUGCGGCGCUGGCUAGCCAAGCGUUUCACAGACAGCUUGAGACAGGCUAAAGAGCUGCGUCUGGCCUGGCUAGAGAAUGAAAAGAGAAGGAAGAAAGAGAAGAAAGAGCAGCAGAUCAGAGAUGAGUAUCACCGCAGGAUGAAUCCAGAGAAAAAGGGAGACUUUGAUCUGCUUUAUAAUGCCUUGAAAAAAUGGAGGAUCGAGGAGGUGGAAUGCAUUAAUGGAACCUUCUCUGGUGCGGAGAGGAAGGCAGCGUUGUGCGCUCUACUGGAGCAAGAGACCCAUUUCAUCUCCUCCAUAGAACGCCACAGGAUAGCUGUAGGCGAGAGAAACCAGGAUAAGGCUAUCCAAGCCUUCCUCAACAAGUCUGCAGAGCCUAAGAGAUGGCGUGCAUUUGAUGGUAAGGUGACGGAGAUGGACACACAGUUCACCAUCCGAGCCAAGGAACUGCGGGAUCUGUACAGCAGCAUCACUCAGGCUCAAUUCACAAGGGAUGAACGCUUGGAUGUACUGCUCACUCUCAAGCACACUGUAAAGGAACACAAGUGCAAGCUGACUCAGGACAUAGUGGACUUGAUUGACAGGGAGGCGGACCUGCUGAUGAGGGGUGUGAAAAAGAGUAACCUGGAAGGAUUGAGGAAGAGAAUAUCAACUCUCUUCCUCCAGUACAUCAAAAUGCCUGCGUUCAACCCACAGGUGUCCAAACUACUGCGGGUGCCUCAAGAUCCUGCCGAUUUUAGAAAGAACAUCUGUUUGUGUCGUGGCUGUAACAAGUAUCAGUCAUCCACUGAAUUUGCCCUGAUGGCUAACGCGUCUUUGGUCAGCCUGUGUCGGCGCUGUACAGAGUUAGACAAUGAGGCCCGGCGUAGAGAAGACUUCACUCUCUAUAAGAACAUCCUCAAACGUCUGCGUGAAACUGAGGCGGAGUGCAGCCCAAAUGCCAAAAUUACCUUCCUGCUGCAGGAGCAAGACCUGCGGUAUCUGGUGGAUGUGCUGUGGGGAGCUCAGUCUGCUCUGAGCGGCUGGAACGACCUGCACGAUUUGCUGCUGGUACGCUGGGAGAAGUAUUUGGACUGGAGUCCCUGGAACUGCAUCCUCCUAACGAAGGACGAAGCGGCCGCACACCUCAGAGUGGAAAACAUCGAGAAGGCAUACGAUGUAGUAGUUAUUCAUAAUGUCAAACAGAAACAUGCACUGGCUAGGAAGUACUUCUCCCAGAUACCUGCGAUGGCCGAAUGUCUGCGUGAUGCUGAGAUUCAGCCCGCUGCCCUUGGCAACCUGCUGGUCUCCAAGCCCAUCACCAAGACGACCGAGUAGAAUUGCUUAGAGGCUACGCACAAUCCUGCAGGUUCUCAGGGACUUCUGCAGUAUCACUGUUUCCUUAGGAUUUGUGUAUGACUUUGUGUUGCUUUAAGUGUAUGAUAAUCAUUCAAGGGAUAGUUCACCAAAAAUUGUCAUCUGUCAUCAUUUACUCACCCUGAUGUUGUUUGAAACCUUUAUAACUUCUUUCUUCCAUGUUUUGCUAAAUGUUACCCUCUGUCACCAUUCACUUUCAUUGCAUGGAAUGAAAGUUAAUGGUGACUAAUGCUGUCAGACCCUAAAAUUCUGUUUAUCUAAUCUGGGUUCCAGAGAAGAAAGAAAGUCAUACGAGUUUGGAAUGAGUAAAUGAUGACACAAUUUUCAUUUUUGGAUGAACUAUCCCUUUAAGAUCAAUUAAUGAAUUUGAAUAUCUUAUAUGUCACUUACAACCAGAGUUUGCAAGCCAUUUUGUCUCUACUGCACUGUGCAAAUUGGACUGAUAAUUAAAAUCUUCUGCUGCCCUCUUACUUUGCUUUCUAUUCAUUAGGAUCAUUCAUUAAUAUUAAUGAGUUAUCAGUAGCCUGUAAUGAGGAUUUCCAUUUCGAUUUUUCUUUCUCGUUCUGUUUUUGUUUUGCUGUCAACCUCAUUGGUAUUUUGUAUAAAGCUAAUU